AGUGGAUUCCGAUCGAAGAAGUGAAACACUGGUUCUUCACUGGUUCCUAGAUAUACGUACCUGAGGAGUCCGUUGAAUUUUGUAGCAGAGAAGAAAGUAGACAAAAUUUUUGCUAGGAUAAAACAUACGAUAAAACUUGCGUUCUCGGACAAGAUAUCGAUGAUGUUUGUGAAGCUCGAGCUACUACUGCUGCUUCUGUGCUCUUUUCUUCUUUUAUUCAUGUCGUGCAUGGUAGCCUCGGAAGAUGCCGGUUUUAUCUAUAACGGCUUUCAGGGUGCCAAUGUUAGCCUGGAUGGCAUGGCACAAAUCACACCCAACGGCCUCUUGAUGCUAACGAACCAAUCUAUACGACAGAUAGGUCAUGCCUUCUAUUCCUACCCGUUCCAGUUCAAGAAUCAAUCAGACGGUAAUGUGAUUACUUUUUCUACAACUUUUGUAUUUGGGAUCCUCCCCGAGUUCCAAAGUUUAGGUGGUCAUGGGAUUGCUUUCGUGAUCACACCUACAAGAGCGUUACCGGGAGCUCUACCAGCCCAAUAUCUAGGCCUCUUCAACGAGUUUAACAAUGGUAAGCAGUCCAAUCAUGUUUUUGCAGUGGAGUUCGACACCAUCAUGAACACUGGUGAUUUCUCCGAUAUCAAUAACAAUCAUGUUGGUAUCGAUAUUAACGGUUUAAUGUCCAUCCAUGCCGCUCCGGCGUCUUAUGCCACCGAUCACAGCGGUGGCGUAAACAACUUAACCCUUAUGAGUGGGAAACCUAUACAAGUGUGGGUAGAAUACAGUGGUCUAAACAAGCAACUUAAUGUAACGUUGGCUCCGAUCGAUGUUACUAAACCCGAUAUUCCUCUGCUUUCCUAUUACCUAAAUCUUUCUCAGGUCGUGGAAGAUCUCAUGUACAUUGGCUUCUCCUCCUCGACGGGUGCCUUUUCUGCGUCGCAUUACGUGUUGGGAUGGAGCUUUAAGAUGAACGGACCAGCCAAAGAGCUUAGCAUCUCCCAGCUUCCGAAGCUACCUCGAAUAGGACCCAAAGAGCAUUCCAAAUUUCUGACGGUGGGACUACCCAUUAUUGGCCUAGUUUUGGCCUUCAUAGUAAUUUCCAUUGUCCUUUUCAUCGUGAGAAGGAAGAGAAAGUUCGCUGAAUUACUUGAAGAUUGGGAACUCAACUAUGGGCCUCAUAGGUUCAAAUACAAAGAUCUUUACAUCGCCACCAACGGAUUUAGGGAAAAUGAGCUUCUGGGUAUCGGCGGUUUCGGUAGGGUCUACAGAGGCGUGUUACCCACCUCCAAAAUCGAAGUCGCAGUGAAGAGAGUCUCUCAUAAAUCUAGACAAGGAUUGAGAGAAUUUGUCGCUGAGAUUGUUAGCAUGGGACGGCUGCGGCACCGGAACUUGGUACAGCUCUUGGGCUAUUGCCGGCGUAAAGGACAACUCUUACUGGUGUACGAUUAUAUGCCCAAUGGAAGUCUAGACAAAUUCCUCUUCAACCAAUCAAAAGCCACACUGAAUUGGGGUCAAAGAUUUCAUGUCAUCAAAGGAGUAGCAUCUGGGCUAUUUUAUCUGCAUGAAGGGUGGGAACAGGUGGUUGUUCACAGAGAUGUCAAGUCCAGUAAUGUCUUGUUAGACAAUGAAUUUAAUGCAAGAUUAGGAGAUUUUGGCCUCGCAAGACUCUAUAAUCGAGGAAUGCAUCCCAAAACUACUCAUGUGGUACGUACGCUUGGUUACAUUCCGCCAGAGAUUACUAGGUCCAGCAAAGCAUCACCGAGCUCAGAUGUUUUCAGUUUUGGGGCCUUUAUGCUUGAAGUGGCAUGUGGGAGAAGGCCAAUAGAUCCACAAGCAUCGUCAGCAGAAAAGAUAAUUUUGGUGGAUUGGGUGUUGUCAUAUUGGACUAGAGGGAAGAUUCUUGAGACAGUAGAUCCAAAUCUGGGUAGUGAUUAUGUAGCUGAGGAAAUGGAUUUGGUGUUAAAGCUUGGCUUGCUUUGCUCUCACUCCAUUCCGACUGCUAGGCCGACUAUGCGGCAGGUGGUGCGCUUUUUGGCCGGUGAUGUCCCUCUGCCAGAAUCAUCUUUGCAUGGUCAAGCGUUUGCACAUGGUAAAGGGACUGAAGUAUUUGCCACGUCGCAUCCUUCUUCCUCUCUAGGAAAUACAUCGACUACACAACUACCAUUAGUUGCAGAUUCACUCCUCUCAACCGGCCGUUAAAGUUUGUAAUCUUUUUAGAUAACUUGCGGCUAAACUUUACUUGUAUGUACAUAUCAAUUACUAUUAAAUAUACAGCAGUAUUAAAAGUGUGAA